AUGUUUCUCGCUACACCCACGGACGCUGGUAGCCACGUCUUCAACGCAGAUUCAAUCCUAACGGCUAAGAUGGCGGGCUAUUAUGUCCACGGUUACAAUGAUACUGUGUGGUUUGUCUCUGAACGCAAUCCUACGUUGGCUCGGCCGGUAAUCCUAUUCCAUUUUGAUGCCAGCUGCACCCUGGAGAGGGUUACUGAAAUCAGAAAACCGAUGCUCUUUAGCUCGGCUAGUGGGGACGAAGAAAUCUAUGCUACCGGCAGCUGUACCAACAGCACCAACCGGGGUAGCAAACCACGUACCCCCGGUAUGAAUUGUCCUACGGCCACGGCAACUCCAACUACACCGGUGGCCCCCGUGUCUGACGUUGCGGCUGCGGCCAUUGCACGCUCCAGGACCAGUAACCGUACUGGCGCUACUACUGGGUCACCCACCGGGCUACCAGAAGCUCCAACACAUCGUGUUCCUACAGAAUGUGAGCCCGACCCUGUCGCUGUUGCACCGAUCGUCCAGUCCCGUACGGGGUACCGAAUUGCCGGUGCCGCCAAGGGUAAAGUGCACCUUAAGCAGUCGUGUGGUUCUCUUAAGAAUAAGGUUGUGGAGGAAAUGGUUGUAACCGGAACAACCGACUUGUGUAAAAAGUGCUACUAUGAACCAGAGGUGGUAGAAGUGUCGGUAGAGUAUGCUGAUAUCGAAGCCAUGCUGGCCGAGCUGCCGGAAUCUGCAACUCCUAUGUCUGUUACUCGUGAACCCAUGUAAACUUCGAUGAAAAUUAC